AUGGGCGACAAAGUGAGAAACGCAUAUGCUGGUGGCUAUAGCGAUGCUAUCAAGAGACAGCUUGAGAGGGUGGUAAUCCCCGACAGAGUCAAGUGCAUGACAUGCAACAAAAUGCGCAUGCAGAGCGCAUACUCUAAGAGACAGCUCGAUGUCCUGCGAAAUGCCAUAGUCGUUCAAGGCGGUCGGGCCCUCACUGGUCGUGGCCACGCCAAAUGCAGAGAAUGUGUGGGUGGUCAGACUGUGGAGCUCCGGUGCGUUAUUUGCGACGAAACCAAGGGUCUUGGGGAGUUUGCAAAGAACCAAAGGCAUGAUCGUGAUCAUGCAAGGUGUUUGGCUUGCGUGCAGAACCAUACGGAAACUGAGCCUGUUCUCGAGGAACAAAAACUGCUAGCAGAAAGCGAUAUGUCCACCGCUCAAGAUACUACCACGUCCAGCCAGGCGGACGACGGUUACGCAUACAGUACUGCGUACGGGGAAGAGGAUGACGAUGACGAUGACUACUCCGUAGGGGGCGGGGUCUGGGUUGAGCCCGAAUGCCCUCAAGGCAACCCUCCCACUAAGAGUAAAGAGCGUGAAUAUACUGGUUACGACCAACAGGGUAUGCCCCAUCGCCUUAGCACUCCUAUCGCGGCGCCGAGAAGCGUGCACUCUGGCUGGGCAUCUUGGGGGAUCGAGGCUAGUUCUGUGCAAGCAAAUAAUCUUCGGGCCGGCAAACCCUCAGCUUCGGCGCAGAAAAAGACAUCGAACUUCGCAAAGAUCCCGAAAAUGCGAGUUGAGCGAAGCGAACCCUGGACACCACGCACCCCCGCUCCCGCCAGAGAGAAUUUGGCAUAUGAAAAGGGUGAACAUGUUGACAUCGAGGAUUUUCUCUGA